AAACAAUCAAGGAUCGACAUGGGAUUCUUAAAGUUGUUAUUAAAUAUUGUCUUAAUAUUGGCUAUGAGUUUCUCCAUCAAUGGUUUUGAAAUUAUACGUCCUUUAUCCGUUAACACGAUACCAAUUCACUAUAACAUCGAACUGACACCGAAUCUCGAGGAAGACAAUUCUACUUUUCACGGCGAAUCUAAUGUCAAAAUCGUAAUUUAUCAUGCAUCGCAAAAUAUAAACUUACACUCAAGAGAAUUAGAAAUAAAUGAAAGGGCGACAACGUUGAUUAAUGACAAGGGUACAGUUUAUAAACCGAUGAAACAUAUUCAUGACAAUGUAACGAAUAUUUUAACACUUAAUUUCGAAAAUACAUUAUCACCCGGGUUUUACAUUCUUAACUUGAAAUUUACUGGUAUUCUAUCUGAAGUUGGUUUUGUACAAACUGGUUUCAUGAAAUUUCCGUACACAAAUAAAGAAGGAAACAAAAUGUGGGUGGCUGCAACGCAUUUUGAGCCGAAUGGAGCCAGACGAAUGUUUCCAUGUUGGGACGAGCCAGCGUUAAAAGCCACCUUUAACAUAUCUGUAAUGCAUCAUGAGAAUCAUAUAGUAUUGUCAAAUAUGCCAAUACGACAGGAAUGGCAAAGAGGUGACUUGAUACUGACACACUUUAACACUACUCCUAUAAUGUCCACUUAUCUUGUGGCGAUUGUAAUAAUCCCCGUACAAUCUGGUUUCGCCCGUGUUUCCAACGCGAACGAAACCAUUAAUAUUUGGUGUAACUCGUCUUUGGCAUCGCAAGUAAACUUAGCGCAUAUUAUUGCUCAAAGAAUCACGCCGCUUUUAAUUGAAUAUACCAAUAGUUCCGAAAAAGUACCAAAAAUGGAUCACGUCAUAAUACCGAAUUUUCCGAUUCAUGGCAUGGAAAAUUGGGGACUUAUCAUUUAUAGUCAAGCAUCAGGAAUUUUCUAUGAUGAUAAAAAACAACCAAGGUAUAAGAAAACAGGAACAGCGAUGAUAGUAACACAUGAAAUUAUACAUCAAUGGUUUGGCAAUUUGGUUACUCCAUCUUGGUGGUCCUACCAGUGGUUAAAAGAGGGACUUGCUAUGUUCCUCCAAUCGUAUCUCCUUGAUCUAUCCAAGUUUGGUGCAGUUGGAAAUUUUCAGGUAAAUUUUUUAAUAAUGGGGUUUAAUCAAUAUUGUCUUCUUCAAGAUAUUGGCUCAUUGAACUCUGUCACAUUGAAACUUAACAAUACUCUUGAGGAUUAUUCGCUAUUUUCUACUGAAGUUUAUGUAAAAGCACCAAUUUUAUUACGCAUGUUACACAGUACAAUUACCGCUGAGGUAUUUCAAAAGGGUCUUAUCAAGUAUUUGGCUACGUACCAAUUUAAAUCGACUACUCCGGACGAUUUAUGGAGCACCAUGCAAAGUGCUCUAGAUGAAUCUAAUGUUCCGCACAAAGAUUACAAAAUAAAAGGAGUCAUGGAUACUUGGAUGAAUCAAGACCGUUAUCCUAUAGUAAACGUGAAAAAAAAUUAUGAAACUGGUGAAGUAACAAUAUCACAAAUAUGUUUCCAGAGAUUUAAUGAAACUGUUACUAAUAAAUGGUGGAUUCCCGUGACUUUCGCUACGCAGUCUAAUCCGAAUUUCUCUAAUACUGUGCCCAGACAUUGGUUACGACCAGAUCAAAAUAUAAGCUUUACAAUUAAUUCAAAUGACUGGAUCAUUGUCAAUUUACAACAAACUGGAUAUUAUCGCGUUAAUUACGACAUCAGAAAUUGGUAUAAAAUUUCAAAUUACUUACAUAGUGGAAAAUACAAGAAUAUACACGUCUUUAAUCGUGCUCAAAUCAUUAAUGAUGCAUUUUUCUUUAUAAUGGAAGAAAAUAAAGAAAUAAGUGGAUAUCUAUUUAUUAAUAUUAUAAGUUACUUAUCGCAAGAAACAGAUUAUAUGGCAUGGUAUCCAUUGUUCCGAAUUAUAACGCGGUUCAAGAAAACUCUUUUACUACCAGGACUGGAAAAUAUUAAGUUUCGCAUGAUAGAACUCUUUGAUAGAUUACUUCAGAAGAUAGGAUAUGAAGAAAAUCCUCAUGAUGACGAUCUCACAAUAGUGACAAGGGUAGAUGUUUUAAAAUUUGCAUGUAUUUUCGGUCACGUGAAUUGCAAGACAAUGGCCGCCAUUAAAUUAAGCAAAUAUCUCGAGAAUCCUAGAAUCUACAAAAUUCCACAAUGGCAAAAAUUUGUGUACUGUUCUGGUUUGAUGACAGCCAAUAAGGCUACUUGGGAUAAAAUGUUGAAAUUAUAUCUAAAAAAAACAUAUAAAACGGAAAAAUAUCAAAAAAAAUUAUUGAAAAGUUUGAGUUGUGCUGAAAAUCCCGAUAUCAUCAUCAACUAUUUAAAUAUUACAGCAUUUAAUACUUCAUUAUUUCACGAUAAGGAACAUUCUCUUGCCUUUAUGUAUAUUAUUGAGAAUCAUGCGCGCAACGAUUUGAUCCUUGAUUAUGUAUUAAACAAUUUUGAGAUCAUAAAACCCAAAUCACUUACUACAAAUGUAAUGAUAACAUUGAUUCUUUCAAAUAUUUAUUCUGACGAACAAAUUGACAAGGUGAAAAAAUUCUCAGAAGGUAUUAUUAAUCAAUUAGAUCCACAUGCUUCGCCUACAAUUCAAGAAUCGAUAAAAGAGCGUAAAGAUUAUGUCAAGAAAUCAAUAGACACUUUUAGGAGACGAUUUUAUUCAAGACAUCCUUACGACUCUAUUAAUCCGGAUGAUUAA